AUGGAUUCUCGCGCCAGGCGCCCAGACCGAUCUAUCACCUUCAGCCUCGCUGCCCUCUUUGUGGCAGUCAUUUUAGCCACACGAUGGUAUUCGUCGGCCAGCUCGCAAGUUCCAGCGGCCGUGGAGACAAAUGCCGUGGUCAUCAAUCCUCUGACAGCCGGCUUGAGGGAGCUUCAGAGCGCACUUGGCAGUGGAACAGUGCGGAGUGUUGAUCUUGUACAGUUGUACACAGAUCAGAUCCAGAAAUAUGACGACUCCUUGAAGGCCAUGAUCAAUUUCAAACCAUUGCCGGGUGUCUUCGAGGCCGCGGAGAUCCUCGACAAAGAGAGAUCUCAAGGGAAAACCAGAGGGCCUUUGCAUGGCAUCCCAAUUGUCAUCAAGGGAGGUUUCGUGCCACUCUUCAAUGACGCUGGACUAAUAUUUGCUCGCCAGGACAACAUUGACACCCACCCUGACCUUGGCUUUCAGACGACUGCCGGGAGCUACGCGCUCGUGGGUUCCUGGCCGCAGAGGAAUGCCAAAAUAGUCGACCUGCUGAUUGCAGCUGGAGUCAUCAUCAUCGGCAAGACAAACCUGAGCGAACUGUCAAACUACAAAGGCACCAAUAUAACGAGUGGUUACUCUGCUGUCGGUGGCCAAGUCCAGUCUGCAUACGUACGCGACAAGGUUGACCCAGCAGAUGGCAAAGACAGUCACAGUAACCCCUCUGGAUCCUCCUCCGGCUCAGCUGUUGCAGUUUCGGCAGGCUACAGUCCUUUCUCCAUCGGAACCGAGACUGACGGCUCGCUCAUUCUGCCAGCGGGCAGGGCCGCGCUGUACACCAUCAAGCCGACAAUCGGCCUUGUCCCGCAAGCUGGCAUUGUCCCUAUUUCGUCCAAUUUCGACUCAGCCGGUCCCAUGGCUAAAAGUUCCUAUGACUUGGCUGUGCUCCUCGAUGCAAUUGUUGACCCUGACCGAAAGCUACCGCAAAGCUAUACUUCUGCAUUGACAGAGAGCUGGAGCGACAUUUCUGUUGCAACACUGGAUCCGGAAGUGUGGAACCUACCGGACAGCUGGUUAAGGCAUGUCGAAAAUGCUACACAGCAAAUGAACAGGGAGAUCCGCCAGGCGUACGCCAAGAUCGAGACAUUGGCCAAGUCGUAUGCAGGCAAUGUACCUUUGACUCGCCACGGCGCCUUGACUCUAAACGGUCAAAAUAGUGAGACUGUGGUUGCAGCUGCCGACUUCGUUAAAGAUAUCAAUGCUUAUCUCGACACCCGAAUCAAUUCGACUAUUCGAGACUUAAAGGGGCUCAUUAAAUUCAACGAACAACACGCCGCGCUGGAGCUUUCUCCUUACUCUCCGAACCAAGAACGGCUCACACGAGCAUAUCGGCAAUCAAUCACCACAGAAGAAUACAACGCGCACUUCGGCCACCUCCGACGUGUGGCCAGAGAAGAAGGCAUAGAUUUUAUCCUCGACACGUAUAAGGUCGACGUGAUCAUGGCACCAGCAGACAGUCUGCUGAUAUCGUACGCGGCGUGCAGUGGAUAUCCGAUUGCCACCCUGCCAUUGUCAUAUCUAGAGUAUAAUGGCAGGCCGUUUGGGCUUUCGGUAGUUGCCCGUGCCAACCAGGAAGCCAUGUUGAUCAAAGUACAAAGCGCGUGGGACGCUACCUUUGGACCCCGGAAACCGCCAUCAGGCAAGAUUGGCACAUGA